AUGUCUCGACCACUUUUUGUUUUAGCCACUGUUUUGGCUAUCGUACAGGGAGCUCCUCUUGAGAAGGAACAAAGUCCUGCGGAUGUUCCUGACUAUUAUGAGCUAUUUAAUAAUCCAGAAGCUCAUUUGACUUUGGCCAAAGCUCCAACUACGAUUAAAUUUAUUGAAGAUCAUGGUUAUCCAGCAGAACGGCAUUAUGUGACUACUGAGGAUGGCUACAUUAUCAGUCUGUUCCGCAUUCCUUAUUCGCACAAUCUGCAGAAUCAGGAUGUCCAGCGACCCAUUGCCUUCCUUCAGCAUGGACUUUUCGGCAGCUCUGAUGUCUGGCCAAGCCUGGGACCGGAUGAUGCCCUUCCCUUCCUGCUUUCCGACGCGGGAUACGAUGUUUGGCUGGGCAAUGCCCGCGGAAAUAGGUACUCCAAGAACCACACUUCCCUUUCUUUGAAGCACCCGAACUUUUGGCGGUUCAGCUGGCACGAGAUUGGAUACUUCGACAUUGCCGCUGCCAUUGACUACACGCUCUCCACCGAAAACGGAAAGGGUCAGGAGGGCAUCCACUACGUGGGCCACUCCCAAGGCACCACCGUCAUGUUCGUCCUGCCGUCCACGCGGCCGGAAUAUAACGCCAAGAUUAAGACUGCUCACCUGCUGGCCCCAGUGGCCUUUAUGCAUAGAAUGGAAGACUUUAUGGUCAAUACUCUGUCGCCCACUCUCGGAUUCAACAAUAUUUACUCAAAGCUCUUUGGCUCCCAAGAAUUGUUGCCCCACAACGAUGUGGUCCUGGCAUUUUUCUACAACGUUUGUCGCCCCAAAUCUCCAGUGAUGUCUAUGUUCUGCAGCGACGAUGAGGAAGAGGAAACAGUUGUGGAACAAGGACGAACCAAUUCGACCGCUAACUCAGUAAUAUCUGGUGUCAUGCCAGCUGGAAUAUCCACCGACCAAGUUCUGCAUUAUUUGCAGGAACAUCAAUCAACACAUUUCCGCCAGUUUGAUUUUGGCACAAAAAAGAAUUUGCUCGUUUAUGGAUCCGAAGAACCCACUGAUUAUCCAACGGAGAAAAUUACCGCUGAAAUGCAUCUCUGGUAUUCGGAUAACGAUGAUAUGUCUGCCGUGGAGGAUGUCCUGCAGGUGGCAGCAACCCUUCCAAAUAAAGUGAUGCACCACAUGGAGGAUCCUUUGUGGGAUCAUGGAGAUUUUGCAAAUAAUUGGGAAGUGCGAAAAUACAUCAACGAUCCGAUUAUAGCUAUCAUGAAUGAGUACGAGGCCAGAACUAAGUGA